GCUUGGGAGUCCGCCCUUCGAAGUGGUUUGUCCCUCCGGCCGACCUGUAGCGGCUUCCCCGCCUAUCCCUCCGUCAUGGAAGGAGCCGCGGCCUCCUCCGAGGGCCUGCGCUAUGCCGAGUACACCAGGGGCUCUAUGGGCGCCGGCAAGGGUCAAGCCGAGCUGGACCGAGGGCUGGCAAAAGACAGUAGACCUCUUGCUGUGUGUCUGAAAGCUAGUUGUGGAAAGAGCAAAAUAUUUUCCAUUUUACCAAGAAGGGUGUUUUCACUGAUUGUGUUAGAAGAACCAGUGUACAAAAUCCAAAUCCUAUGCAGGCAGGCCAGAACUAUGAUAGCGGUUGGACUUGGUGUUGCAACUGUUGCAUUUGCAGGUCGUUAUGCUUUCCACCUUUGGAAACCGUUGGAGCAGGCAAUGACAGAGACAGCAAAGAGGAUUUUAACUUCUAGUCUUUCAUCGUACUAUAAAGGAGGAUUUGAACAGAAAAUGAGUAGGCAAGAAGCUAGUCUUAUUUUAGGUGUAAGUCCAUCUGCUGGCAAGGCCAAAAUCAGAACAGCCCAUAGAAGAAUCAUGAUUUUGAAUCAUCCUGAUAAAGGUGGAUCACCUUACUUGGCAACAAAAAUAAAUGAAGCAAAAGACUUGCUGGAAUCCAGUGCCAAAAACUGAAAUCCAAAGCCUUGGGUCAUAGGAGAUUCAGCAGAUGCAUUGUGCAACAGCUUUCGUAUCUACUUGCUCUGCACAGUUUCUUAAACCUGCACUGAUUAUUCAUAUUUAUUGUCAUAAUUAAAAAUUUAAGAUUAUUUAAAAGCAAACUGAAAUCUUUUACAGUUAUGUAAAGUUAUGUACAGUUAUGCUCCUGCGAGGAGCAGGGAGUUGGACUUGAUGAUCCUUAUGGGUCCCUUCCAACUCAAGAUAUUCUAUGAUUCUAUGUCUCAAUUUUAGUGUAUUUUUACUGAAUAAUGGUCCAUUACAGGCUUUGGAAAUGUUCUCUUACUGUCUGUUUUUUUUCUUCAGAAGUAGUUGCUGCUUUCAUUAAACAUUUGGAGCUUUUUAAAAUUUACAAAGUAGUCUUAAAUAUAGAUUUUUUUGUUUGUUUGUUUUGUUUUUCCUUCACUGAUGAAGACUUGACCAUUGCCAGAAAAUCUGUGACAAUGUAUUGAGUCACAGGAAGUAUGGCAGACCCUGUUUUCGGCAAGUUUUCAGCAUCGCCUUACACUUGAAUCUGUUAAUUUAUGGAAUAGUAGAGUUUAUUCAUGAGUGCAGUUUGAGAGGUGCAACUCGGAACAAAAUGACUAAUGGAAUACAGACUGCAGUUUCCAUUAGCUGUGUAUAUGGGGCUUAGAGAUACGAAGGAAGAGUCUUGGGUUUGGUUAGCUCUUUUGCAUAUUAAGAGAUCUCUAAAAUUGUCAAAUAGUUAUUUGGACAUGCUUUUACUUCAAGUCACGGGAUACGUUUAGUCUGUAGCAGCUGGGCGGUGCAGGGGUUUUCAUGGCAGUGGAACUGAAGAAGGUAGGUCCAUGGGGCGUGGAGUUCAGAUGGAUUUUAUAGACUGCAGUUGUGUAGGUCAGUCCAGUCCUGUCGGCCUGGUGUAGGACUGGUAGAGCAGGGAACAAACAGGACUGUACCCCUGAUGACAGUCGCUUUGCUUCUGGCUCUAGGUGGACUUACUGGGUUUGUUUUCCGGUCAUUCUCACAUCUGUAUUAUGCUUCAUUUCCCAAAGUAUCAUACAUAUCUCCUUAUGUAGCACCCUAGUGACCUAGUGCUGGCUUUGGGGAAUAUUGCAGCCAUGGAUCUCUGACUUUAAAGAGAACAAGUUUUAAUUGAAAGCUGAGAAUAGGUGCUAUUUGGGGCACUUGGCUGCUGCAAAUUCCUACCAGUAAGUUGGUGGCAGAUGAAUUAACUCUCUUAAGAGGACGAUGGUGUGAUGAGACAGUCUAGUGGAUUCAGUGCAAGACUGAAAAACUUUCUAGUAUCCAUUCAAACUCGGAUUAUUUGAGGUACAACAAACAACUUGCUGAAGUGCUACAAAUAUAAAAUUUAGAUAUCCCAUUUCCUAGGUUAUUUAGCCAGAGGAAAGUGGCUAAGAGCAGUUAAAUAAUUAAAGCAUCCAACCUUAUAUUAUCCACCAGAACCUACUUUUAUCUGUUUGUCCAGUGGUGGAUGUCCAGAUUAUAUGGAUUUUUCCUUGGAAGGAGGAAAGAAUAUGAAAUUUUUUUUUUAUCAGGUUCCUCCCACUUUGUCACAAUUCCCUUACUUUGAUUAAAGAGAGAUGAAAAAAGUUUAAGUUAGCCCUGAAAGAAAAUACUAACUUCAGGUAAUUUAGAGACUUCUUUACAAUUAGAGUGGCAAGACACAUGACACAACUUGACUGGAUAAAGCAAAAAAGGCUGCAGGGAAAAACCUGCCUGGGAAUAGGCAUACGCUAUAUGAGAACUAUACUUGCAUCAUUUAACUGAUGCUCUAAUACAAGAAACUUUAAAGAAAAUGGACUUUAUUGCUAUGCAGUAGCCUUAAUUGUUUUUUGUUAAAGAAGUAGCCACCAAUUAAUGCACAUUUAAGAUUAGUUAUUCCUUUCACUGGUAUAUUAGUAUGCAUUGGCAAAGAAAAUAAAUCAUGAAAGUUUUCAUUUUGGGAAGAGAAGUGAGAUGGUGAGGUUGUUCCUAAUUUUCUUAAGUGGAGUCUGUAAGUGAUCUGAGUCAUUGUUCAAAAGCAAAAUUGAUGUGUAUGGUAGGUAGCAAAAACAUUCUCUCUAAUGAUUUUGAACUGACUAGCUGUUGUUUUCAUAUGAUUGCCUUUUUUUUUCCCUGAACAAAAUGAGGUAUAAAGAGCUAAAGUAUCAGUUGAAACAAAUGCAUUAAAGAUGGCUACUUGUUCUGUUCCUAAAAAUUAAAUUCCCAUGUCUUUGUAAGAAGGACGGAUUUUAUUUUUGUGAGAUUGUGUUGUUGAUAAUUUUCUUCCUGAUGUAAUUAUGUAUAUCUGAUUAUUUUGGAUGAAACACUUUUUUUCUGGCUUUCAGUUACGAGAGAGAUUGUCCUUCUUAAUAAAAAGAAAGAAAUACAA